GGAGCAUAACCUAACCAUCAGUUCUUAGCACCAGAAUUUCAAAUCAAAACAAAUAUCGGUAGACACUGAACUGCAAAAGCUUGGUUUGUGAUCUUGAAUAAGCUAUGGCAAAUAAAUGGUGGCCCUUUUGCGUUCCUCUGUUGUGGUGCUGCUUGUGCUCCUUCAAGUUCAACCCAGCCACUUGCUUGCAAAAUGAGACUGAUCGACUUGCUUUGAUCUCCUUCAAACAAGCCAUACUUCAAGACGCAUUUCAAGUCUUCAAUUCUUGGAACGAUUCGGUGCACUUCUGCAAUUGGAGUGGCGUUUCAUGUGGCAGGCGGCAUCCUGACAGGGUCGUGGCCUUGAAUCUCAACUCUCAAGGCUUGGUAGGAACUCUUUCACCUCAUAUAGGAAAUCUCUCAUUUCUCAGGCUGAUGGAUUUACAAAAUAAUAGCUUCCAUGGCCAAAUCCCACAGGAGAUUGGUCGACUGAGCCGCCUACAGCAUUUAGUUCUCAGCAAUAAUUCAUUCCAAGGUAAUAUACCCACCAACUUAUCUCAUUGUUCAAACCUCAUGUAUCUUGAUCUCAUUGACAACAAGCUGGUGGGGAACAUCCCUGCCGAGCUUGACUCUUUACAAAAACUUGGAGCUCUAGAAUUGGGAAGAAAUAAACUCACAGGUAGUAUUCCACCCUCCAUUGGGAAUCUCUCAUCCUUAUGGGCAAUCAUUCUAGGAGUAAGUGAUUUGCAAGGACAGAUUCCAGAGGAAAUAUCUCGUCUUGGGAACUUAGAAUAUUUGAUGUUAACAGAUAAUAAUCUUGUUGGCGAGGUUCCUCCUGGUCUCUUCAACAUCUCCAGCAUUUCCAAAAUAUCUGUGGACCAUAACCAACUACAUGGAAGACUCCCUUCUGAUACCACUCUUCCAAAUCUGAAAGCCCUUGGAUUUUCUUUCAAUAGGUUUACUGGACCCAUCCCAAAUUCAUGGUCAAAUGCUUCUGCCCUUUACCUAAUUUCCAUUGAAUCUAAUAGAUUUUCUGGCUUAGUUCCUAGAGGAUUUGGCAUGCUGCAGCACCUUCUAUAUCUUAUACUUCAUCAGAAUCAACUGCAAGAUGACUUGAGUUUCAUUAAUUCCCUAACUAAUUGCACUAGUUUAAAAGGUCUUAUUUUAUCAUCAAAUUUUCUCGAAGGGACAGUGCCCAACUCCAUAGCCAAUCUCUCCAAAAGCGUGCAGUAUAUAUCUCUGUCAGAAAAUCAGCUGCAUAAUGCGAUUCCCUUGGGUAUUGUAAACCUUCCUAAUCUGAGAAGGUUCGAAUGUAACCAUAAUUAUCUCACUGGCCCUUUACUUGUUGAUUUUGAGAAACUUCGACAUUUGGAAUAUUUGGAUUUGGAGAAUAACAAAUUCACAGGAAUAAUUCCAUCUUCAAUUAGAAAUUUAUCUUUUCUGAGCCAUAUCCUCAUGGGGUUCAACAAUUUCAGUGGAAGCAUACCUGCAAGUCUUGGAACUUGUCAUAACUUGAUCGAGUUGGAUCUCUCACAUAAUAGUCUCAGUGGUUCUAUACCUCGAGAAGUUAUCAGCCUCACAUCCCUUUCAAUUUUACUCAAUUUAUCUGGUAAUGAACUUACGGGUCCUAUUCCAUCAGAAAUAGGUUUCCUGCAGAACCUAGCACAGUUGGAUUUAUCUGAUAAUAGAUUAUCUGGAAUGAUUCCUAGCACAAUUGGCAAGUGUUUGAGUUUAGAACAGCUUCGCCUGGAGGGAAAUUCAUUUGAUGGAGAGAUACCUCAGGUUUUAUCUGCUUUACAGGGUUUACAAGAGCUAGACAUUUCACGCAACAAUUUUUCAGGGGGAAUCCCAGAUUCUUUAACUCAGCUCCACGGGCUGAGCUAUUUGAAUCUGUCUUUUAAUAAACUUCAUGGGAUGGUUCCGAAUCGCGGAAUCUUUCUAAAUGCAAGUGCUGUUUCAUUGAUGGGAAACAAUGAUCUCUGUGGAGGUAUCACUGAAAUGAAGCUUCCUUCUUGCCUCAUCACAAACUCCAAGAAGAUCAACCUCUUCCAUGGACUGAAAAUGACAAUCCCGGUGGUUGUUGCAGCCAUAUUGUCGGCUCUGUUCGUGUGUUCCUUAAUUUUCUGGCAUCGGAAAAGAAUUUCUAGAAAGAAGAAUAUUUCCAUGCCAUUAUUUGAGCACCAGUUUCUGAGAAUAUCCUAUGCAGAACUCUUCAAAGCGACAGAUGGAUUCUCUAUCGCCAAUAUAAUUGGUGUCGGAAGCUAUGGAUCGGUUUAUAAAGGACUUUUCGAGCAAUUAGGAAUGGAAGUGGCAGUCAAAGUGCUAAACCUGCAACGAAGAGGAGCUUCAAAUAGUUUCAUGUCUGAAUGCCAAGCUCUUAGAACCAUCAGGCAUCGAAAUCUUCUGAAGCUAUUGAGCGUCUGCUCUAGCAUUGACUUUGAAGGCAAUUAUUUCAAAGCUCUGAUAUAUGAAUUCAUGGUGAAUGGGAGCCUGGAGAAAUGGCUGCAUGCUGGCAGUGUAGAAGAAGAUGCACAAGAAGGAGAAUCAAGAAAUCUUAAAGUAAUAGAGAGACUAAACAUUGCCAUUGAUAUAGCAACUGCAAUAGAGUAUCUUCACAAUGGUAGCUCAUCAACAAUUAUACAUGGUGAUCUAAAGCCAAGUAAUGUUCUUUUAGAUGAGGAGAUGACUGCCCAUAUUGGUGAUUUUGGCUUGGCAAAGAUUGUUGCCUCUGUUUCUGGUGAGAUUCAACAGUAUCAAAGUAGUUCUACAGCAAUCAAGGGAUCUAUUGGCUAUGUUGCUCCAGAGUAUGGGUUGGGCGAUCCAGUUUCUAAGGAAGGAGACAUGUAUAGCUAUGCGAUACUGUUACUGGAGAUGUUUACAGGAAAGAAGCCAAUUGAUGAAUCUUUUAAAGAUGAUCUAAAUCUUCAUACUUAUGUUGAAAGAAACUUGCCUGAUAGAGUGAUGGAGAUUGUGGAUCCAAGAAUUGCAUUUGAAGAUGGAGGAGGGAGUUUCGAAGAUUGCAUCCUCUCUAUAAUGAGAAUUGGAGUUGCAUGUUCUAUGGAACAACCAGGAAAAAGAAUGAAAAUGGGAGAUGUAAUAAGUGAAUUGGUAAAGAUCAAAGGCUUUUAUCUGAAGGAAAGGCUGAAGUAGGCUCUCACAUGCUUAAUUUUGCAAUUCCAAGAUCCAAACUGUGAACUUAAACUCAAGUUACUAUGUGGGUGUUGUAAAAGUUCUACUUUUGCUUAUUUUUCAGGAAUAUGCU